CCUGUCGCGUGUACUGCCUGUGCCUACAGCGCAUGCGCUAAAAGUGCAGGCCAAAUGUUUAUAUUUAUUAUACUGUCCGAAGAAAUGGGACUGGAGAGCUAAAUUACUGUCACUCGCCUAUCGCCGCCAUAACUCUGCAGUCACCUUGAAGCAGUCCACUAAGAGACGACGUAAUGGGGAACACAAGCAGUGAGAGGGCUGCAUUGGGCCAUGGGGAGAAGGCCCAACGGCGGGACAGCAGGGGCACCAAGGAUGGUGAGAGGCCAAAAAUUCUGAUGGACAGCCCUGAAGAUGCAGAUAUUUUUCACGGUGAAGACAUGAAAGCGCCAUUAGAAAAAGAAGAAUUCCUUGCAUGGAGGCAAGAUUUAGAAGCGGAAGACAAAGACCCAACUUUAGAUCGACCAACCGUCUUUCGCUGGAAAGGCGAUGGCAAAGAGGUUUACCUCUCUGGAUCCUUUAACAACUGGGCCAAUAAGAUUCCCUUGAUUCGAAGUCAAAACACCUUUGUCACCAUCGUGGAGCUUCCUGAAGGAGAACAUCAGUACAAGUUUUAUGUAGACGGGCAAUGGACUCAUGACCCAGCUGAGCCUGUUGUAACAAGUCAGCUGGGCACAGUAAAUAACAUCAUCCAGGUGAAGAAAACAGACUUUGAGGUGUUUGAUGCUCUCAUGGUGGACUCGCAGAAGUGCUCAGACAUGUCAGAUCUCUCCAGCUCUCCCCCUGGGCCAUAUCAUCAGGAUGCGUAUGUUCCAAAACAAGAGGAAAAGUUCAAGUCUCCACCGAUACUUCCACCUCAUUUGCUCCAGGUCAUCCUCAAUAAAGACACUGGAAUAUCAUGUGAUCCUGCACUCCUGCCUGAACCAAACCAUGUCAUGCUCAACCACCUCUACGCUCUCUCUAUUAAGGAUGGCGUGAUGGUGCUUAGCGCAACACAUCGCUACAAGAAGAAGUACGUAACUACCUUACUUUAUAAACCCAUCUGACUGAAGAGUGGUCCAGUAUUAAAUCUAAACCAAUGUGAAUUCAAGUAGCAAUACUAGUCCAGCCUAAGGAUGGAUCAACAUUUCACGUAUUUAAUCUGUUAUAUUUUGAGGGAAUGAAUGCAAUCUGUUUUUAUUACAUAAAUUCACUAACUCUGUUAAGUGUUUGAGUCUUGUAGACAAGAAUGGAGAAAAUAAUUAAUUCUGCUGGUCUUAACAAUGCUUGAGAUGAGCUGAAUAGAAACACUUAUUAGGACAGUGCUGUUAAAAGUAUCAUUGUAAACACGUGACGUUGAGUCAUUUGACUUUGCACCUUUUAGCUUUAUAUAUCAGCACUAUUAUGCAAAUAAUUAUUGUCGGAAAUGCUUCUAUUACGUGUGCUUUGUAAACACACAUCGUACUACAUUUAAAAUGUGUUCCAGCCAACAACAACAACACACUUACCCACCUCAACAACAAACCUUUUUUAGUAGCUUUCAUUCUAACAUAAAACAUGCUCAUAUUCAGAUUAUAUAGCAAUGUCUUACUGAACUAAUUACUCUAUGUGUGGUUUUAGAUUGUUGCAUCUCUUCGAUGUUUUGGCUGAUCAAUUUAUGAGUUCACACUCAGGCUUUAGGCUGCUUUCCAAUGCACUUUGUCCAAUUGGCGGUGAGCAAUAUGUGACCUUCCAAGUUCCCAGUUUUGUGGAACGGAAUAUAGAUUUAACAGGUCAUUACAUUGUACAUUACAUUUAAUCUAAACAGAUAUUACCAUGUCGAAGAUGAGGCCAAUUAAAAAAAAAAAAAAAAAAUAUAUAUAUAUAUAUAUAUAUAUAUAUAUAUAUAUAUAUAUAUAUAUAUAUUCCGCAGAAAUGCAUAAUCCACUGUUGUAGGAACUGAGAGAAUGUGACGUUUAAGUUAUUGAAGGGAACAAAUGCCCCGUUGUAGCUCGCCACUGUUAUAUUUCCUUUUUUACUUUUAUCUUUUGUAAGGUCAUAGUCACCCAGCACACUUUAUUAUGUUUUUUGUUCUUUUUUAAAAAUAUUUUAUUUAGGUUGUCAAUGAGAUUAUUUGUUUUAGUCAGCACUCACAUUUGUGUUAUUUGACAUGACAGUGACCAAUGUUGAAUGUAGAAUAUGUGUACUGUGAAUUCAUAAGAGUUCGUUUGAAAUUUAAUCCAUUCUAAUAUAAAACGGAGUGGUUAUGUUUUGUUUUAUGUUUGCAAUUAAUGGCAUUUUGUGGCAAAAUAGUGUUUUACCAUGUCUGUUAUUUUUGUAGACAACAUUGUGACAUCCUAGUUUUGUGAAAAGCAUGAGAAAAUAAUUUGCAAUCAUCUUCACAUAGGAACCACCUUUGUGAAAUACAGAUAAUUUUCUUCAACUACACAAUAAAAUACACUACAGGAUUUUAAAUGGGUAAAAGUAAAGUUGUAUAAUAAUGCUAUAGAUCAUCACAAAAGGUGCUUGCUCCAGUUCACUAAACAGUUUUGUGAAAAUCUUUUCUGGAAUAAUAACAUAAUGUGCCACCAUUGUACUGAAUUACUGUCUACCCUACCAGAGUUGUUUAUUCAUUUGACCUGGACUGGUUGGACAAGCUCAAAAUCAAUCAAUAUCAGCAGUUUGGAUCAAUGAACUGAUUUCUCAGUGAUUUAUUAUUCAUGGUAAAAUUUAAUGGAAUAUAGAUAUGUUUGCGGUGAUAAAGGUACAGAUAGAUUGUUCUGUUGCUCCCACAUAGGUUGAGGGCUUGGAAUUUUUUUCACUGUUAAAUAACAUUAGAUCUGUAAUUAAUGAUCAUAUUUGCCUCAAUUUUAUUCUGGUUAUUUAUUCACAUAAUUAUUUGUGUUCUACUUUCUAGGCCAGUAAACAAUCAUUAUUGUUCAUGAAAUAAGAUUUUUUUUGUAACCCUUACAUUGUCACUCAUUUAUUAAAGAGCAUCAUGUAAAAUGGACUGUGCUUCAUUUUCCCCCUUCCAUAGUGCAGUUUGUAGUUGUCUCUCCUCUGGUAAUCACAGAUUCACAGCCUUAAGUUUCUUCUCACAAUGGCAGCUGACACAUGGCCUCUCACCUCAAUCUGAAUUAAAGGAGUUUUCUAUUUUGGUUUUGGUGCAGGUCGCAGAAAACCGCUAGUCUUCUUCCUCGUAUAUAAAAAUGAAAAGAGGCCUCAAACAGGACAAUGCAAUCAAGCAGACACCAAUAGGUAACGAGUACAUUCUGAUUUCAAGUUAGCACAAUGACUAAGUAGCAACCAGUAAAUUGCCAUAGAGCCCAUCACCAGCUGACCAUGAGGAAGAAGUUAAAAAGCCAAAACUUGAUUGAAGGAAAGUCAUUAAACACUUAUAUGUAAGUUAAAAUCUCAUUUAUCACAAAUAAAGCACAGAUCUGUUUUUGUCAGAGGGC